UGAAGCGGCAGCAGAGCUGCGUUUGACAUCUCUAGCCGGAGUCAAGCUAACAGUCAGCAUGUCUGAGAAGGAGCUGGGGAAAAAGUGGGACCGAUGCCUGGCAGACGGUGCCAUAAAACUGGGAACCGGGCUGGGUUUGGGGAUUGUGUUCUCUGUUCUGUUCUUCAAACGGCACACAUGGCCGAUUUCGCUUGGCUCAGGAGCAGGACUUGGCAUGGCAUACGCCAACUGCCAGAAUGACCUGAGGUCACACUAUCUGCUACACAAAAGUGAAAAGGAGCAAUAGCUGCAAGUCAUCAAGGGACUGUCGUUUUUUAAUUUUUCCAUCAUUUUGUUUGGUUUUGUUUUGUCUGUGGGAGCGUCACCAUUUGCACUGUUCUGCAGUUAGACUCUGUCUCCCUGUGGACGAUCCUUCCCUUGUAUGACUCUGUAUGAUCUGUGUGUGCCUGAUCAGGACAGUCUGUGUUUAUUUAAUAAAAUAAUCAUUACAAAACAA